AUGAUUCUGGAAAUGCUGAACCCAAUGCAGUAUAACGUCACCAGCAUGGUGCCGGAAGUUGUACCCGUUGGGAUCAUGCCACUCCUGCUGCUCAUGGGCCUCUUCCUCUUGAUUUGGAAUUAUGACAAUUCAUCCUCAAUACCAGGUCCUGGCUACUGUUUGGGAAUCGGGCCCCUCAUUUCCCAUGGCAGAUUCCUGUGGAUGGGAAUUGGCAAUGCCUGUAACUACUACAACAAACUAUAUGGAGAAUUCAUGCGAGUCUGGAUUAAUGGAGAGGAAACCCUCAUUAUCAGCAAGUCCUCAAGUAUGUUCCAUGUAAUGAAGCAUAGUAACUACAUUUCCCGAUUCGGCAGCGAGCGAGGGUUGCAGUGCAUUGGUAUGCAUGAGAAAGGCAUCAUAUUUAAUAAUAAUCCAGACAUCUGGAAAGAAGUCCGACCUUUCUUUAUGAAAGCUCUGACCGGUCCGGGCCUUGUGCGCAUGGUGGCAGUUUGUGCUGAAUCCAUCGUUAGGCAUCUGGACAAGUUGGAGGAAGUCACCAACAAGAUGGGCUACAUUGACGUGUUGAACCUAAUGCGACGCAUCAUGCUGGACACCUCUAAUGUACUCUUCCUGGGAAUUCCCUUGGAUGAAAGUGACAUCGUGAAUAAAAUCCAAGGUUAUUUUAAUGCAUGGCAAGCUCUUCUUAUCAAACCAAACAUCUUCUUUAAGUUUUCUUGGCUGUACAGAAAGUAUGAAAAGUCUAUCAAGGACUUGAAAGAUGCCAUAGAUCUUUUGGUGGAAGAAAAGAGACACCAGCUUUCCACAGCAGAGAAACUGGAAGAGUGUAUGGAUUUUGCCACUGAGUUGAUUCUUGCUGAGAAACGUGGAGAGCUGACGAAAGAGAAUGUGAACCAGUGUAUACUGGAAAUGCUAAUCGCAGCACCUGAUACCAUGUCUGUCACUGUGUACUUCAUGCUGUUUCUCAUUGCAAAGCACCCUAAUGUUGAGGCAGAAAUCAUGGAGGAAAUCCAGACUGUCAUUGGUGAAAGAGACAUAAAGAUUGAUGACAUACAAAAGUUAAAAGUGGUGGAAAACUUUAUCAAUGAGAGCCUGCGCUAUCAGCCUGUCGUGGACUUGGUCAUGCGAAGAGCCUUAGAAGAUGAUGUGAUUGAUGGCUACCCAGUAAAAAAGGGGACCAACAUUAUCUUGAAUAUUGGAAGGAUGCAUAAACUGGAAUAUUUUCCCAAGCCCAAUGAAUUCACUCUUGAAAACUUUCAGAAGAAUGUUCCUUAUAGGUAUUUUCAGCCAUUUGGCUUCGGCCCCCGUAGCUGUGCGGGAAAGUACAUUGCUAUGGUAAUGAUGAAAGUCAUCCUUGUCACACUUCUGAGACGAUUCCGCGUGGAGACGCUACAAGGACGGUGUUUGGAAAAUAUACAGAAGAAAAACGAUUUGUCUUUGCACCCAGAUGAGACAACCAGUAUGCUAGAAAUGAUCUUCAUGCCAAGAAACCCAGUCAAGGGCCCUGACCACUAA